CUGUUCGAAGAACAUUCAUAACAGUGUCAACUAUUGGUGGAAGUAAGACGCAAAUCGCGUUUCUUGUCCAGGUUACAAAUUUGUCAAUUCGUAGCGAAUCCUUUCGCUAGCUGUCACAGUAUAAGCAAACCGAUCGACGUAAAGAUUUUUGUCGAAUCAAGAAGGUUCACAAAAUCUGCCCUUUAAUUCGUACCAUUGAAAAGGCGAACAGCCAUAUUAUCCCUACAUCAUCGCCCUUGACAACCAGUCAGUGAGUGUGUGAGCAGAAACGAUGAUGGCAAAGAUGAAUGUUGUGUUCGUGUUGGGCUUUGUGCUGGUGGCUUCCGCCUUUGCGACGGACCUUAGCGCCAAUGACUGUGAAAUAAGCGUGGAGGAAUGUUCACCAGUCUAUUCUAGCUUCCUGUCGCGUUCCGGCAAAACGGUUGAGAAUGAUUUGAAACAGUACACCAGCCAGCUGGUAGACAAAUCGUUCCAUUUCUUGUUCAUGUCGUCCGCAUUUAACAAGCACAGCCUGGACCGACCCGGAUUCGAGAAGUUGUACCGCAAGAUCAGCGACAAGGCCUGGGAGGACGCCAUUGAGCUGAUCAAGUACCAGAGUCGUCGCGGUGGAUUCGGACACUUGGUGCAACCGAGCAAGGGUGAAAACUACGGCAAGGUGUUGGAUGUGCAGGAGCUGAGCUCGCUGCAGUUCGCGCUGGACUACGAGAAAACGAUGGCCAAGGAAGCCCAUGCCAUCCAUCGCAAGAUUUCCCACGCUCACUCGAAGGCCGGUAAUGGAGGAGACGAUGUUUACCAUUACGAUCCGGAUACUGCCCACUAUUUGGACGAGAAGCUCAUCGAGUACCAGUCGGGCGUUGUACGCGAUCUGGCCGGUUACAUUCACAAUCUGAAGCACUUCACAUCGGGUAAACAAGCGGCCGAUUUGGGCAACCAUCUGUUCGAUGAGUACCUGGCCACGGUUUAAUAAUCGCGCCGAAGGUGCAUGGUGCGGGAGACCGCGACAAAACAUAUUAUCGCGUUAAAUAUUACUCCCAUUUCGUUUGAUGUAUUUCGCUGAUAUGUAGAGCAGAGCGUUUGAAAUAAACAGAAAUUCCCCAUAUGUGAUCCACAAAAAGGAGAAGAAAAGAA